UUUGGGGGGGGGGGGUUGUUGUUUUGUUUUUAACAAUUUAAUAUGAUAUUUUUCUUCUGUUAUUUUUUAUGAUAUUAAUUACAUACUUUUGUUGUAGCAAUUUUAGUGUAACAUUUUUUGCAAGCUGUUAUUAGUUUCUGAUUAAAAAAUUCAUUUCAUUUAACUCCUUCUAAUUGGUCUAAAGUCUAAAAAAAAAAUCCAUAUUUUUGCAGUUUUUUAGUUUGUAAUUAUGUCUCCUCUUCCCAGAAGGGGGACAUAUUGUUUUAGUGUGAAUUCUUCUUCUUCCAUUCUCUAUGAACUGUUUUAUGCUAAAGUAAAAUGUGGUUAAUUAUUGUAUAAAAUAUUCAAAUUUAGUUAUUUAUGGUAUAUUUAGUAAGUUAUUGUAUAUUGUAGUUACGAUUUUGAUACCAAGGACAUCUGUAGUGGACAUGUAUAGGGAUGAACUUCCAUAAUUUCAUUUCUUACAGAAAAUUAACUUGGAUACGUAUUACAUCUUUGACAUUCUUACAGAUAUAUCUUAGUAGAUAUAUUCAUCGACAGAUUGGAUAUCAAUAACUAUAAUUCACUGUACAAUAGCAACUAUUGCAUGGACUUUGAUAGGAUGUUCAGGCAAAGGAAACUAUGCUUUAACUUAAUUUACCAUAAUACUACAUGUGUAUGUUUGCUAGAGUCAUAAUUCACCCCAGAUUGAAGUCACGUCUUUUAUAGGUGCCAUGAACGGGGAGUUCGAAGCCCAUUUCAUAGAAGAUACUAAGGUGUUGUCCCAUUACUCCGUCACUGGACUUAGUAGGAGUGUUAUAUCAGCACAGGUUGCCUACUUUUUAAAUUUGCAUGGUCCAGCUCUUACGUUAGAUACUGCUUGUUCCUCAUCGCUUGUUGCUAUCCACGCAGGCGCACAGGCAAUAAGAACAGGAGAGAUAAAUCUUGCAAUAUGUGGGGGUGUGAAUGUUCUGAUGAGUCACAUGAUGCCGAUAGUAUUGUCAAAGGCACGGAUGGCAUCACCUACAGGAAAAUGUCACACUUUCUCAAAGAAUGCUGAUGGAUACGUCAGAGGGGAAGGAUGUGGAGUUGUCAUCCUCAAACGUCUUGGCGAUGCUAUGCGUGAUAACGAUAAGAUAUGGGGAACCAUUAACACAGCCUGCAAUCAAGAUGGACAUGAAAAUUCACCAAUUACAGCACCUGCAGAGAGUCAACAAAUUCGCCUUCUAGAGAAGAUUUUCAACAAAUCAGGAAUCGAUCCUGGCAGCGUGCAGUACAUUGAAGCUCACGGAACUGGAACCCUGUUGGUGAUCCGAUAGAAGCAAACGUUCUUGGAAAAUUCUUUGGAUCGCAUUUUAUAGAUCGUAAAAUUAAAAUUGGGUCUGUAAAAACUAACAUCGGUCAUCUUGAAUCCGCAGCAGGUGUUGCUGGACUCAUUAAAGUUCUUUUGAUGAUGAAACAAGGCUAUUUUGUACCCUCACUGCAUGCCGAUGAGCAGAAUGACAACAUUCCAUUUCAAGAAUAUGGUUUUACAAUAAGCAAAGACCACUCAAAAUGGAAUCAAAGUCCUGAAGGCUGUCGAUUGGCAUCGAUCAAUUCAUUUGGAUUCGGAGGCACAAAUUCACAUGCAAUAAUAUACAGCUGCCAAAGGUUCAACAGAUUGGGAAAAAGCGAUAAAGGGUCAAUGUCUGAAGUUUUAUUUCCUAGACGCAACGCUGUAGUAUUAUCUGCAGUAACAAGGGGUUCUUUGCAAAAAAUCGUCCACGACGUGAGAGAAAAUCUCACUAGUUAUGUCUUCACUAGAGGAUUUAUCAUAUACCUCUAUUUUUUGUAGAGAUCAUUUCAAAUUCUGUAAGCUGAUAGUUACGGACUCCAAAGAAAAUCUUCAGAAGCAGUUGCAAACUGUUUUAGAGCAAAACGAACAGACCCUUUCCCCAGUGCCGUCUACAAAACCUCAAAUAGCAUUUGUUUUUUGUGGAGUGGGAACUACAUGGACAGGAAUGUGUUCAGAAAUGAUAGAUGUAAAUCCAGUCUUCAGAAAAUGUGUGCUUGAAAUUGACUCUCAUUUGAAAAAGCUUGAUGCAAGCAUUGCCAUUUAUGAUGCAUUUCAAAAUAAAAACGAGGAUUAUACAAAAACCAUUUUAGCUCACAUUGCAAUUUUUGCCACUCAAUUAGCACUUGCGGAGUCAUGGAAACACAUAGGGAUAUGUCCAUCAGCGAUCGUUGGACAAUCUGUAGUGGAGGUGGCUGCAGCAUACGAAAGUGGGGCAUUAUCACUUGGGGAUGCUGUAACAGUUAUUUAUUAUCGUUCACUUGCUCUGUCUACAUGUCAAAAUGGUGCAAUGAUGGUCAUUCGCAAUUGUCCAACUGAGACAGCUAGUCUAGCAUGUGCUAAAAUUCAGAAUUUUUUUUAGAUGUAAAUUGAAUGUUGCAGUUUACAAUAGCACAGAAUCAUGUACUGUGUCUGGAGAUAAAGAGGCUCUGGAAAGACUGAAAACAGAUUUAGCAGACGACACAGUAUUCAUACCCCUCAGGACACCUUGUGCAUAUCACAGUUAUCAUACCAAAGACGCCAGUAAGGACCUGAUUGGUAUGCUACACAAUAUUAAACCAAAUGCGCCAUGUAUUCGAACCUUUUCAACAGUUACAGGAACAGAAAUAAAAUCAGACUUUGCUUCUCCAGAAUAUUGGGCAUUGAAUGUUUCACAACCUGUAUUAUUUAUGCAAUCGAUGAAGUCAAUCAAGGAAACAUUAGACAAAACAAUAUUUGUAGAAAUAGGACCUCGACCAGUAUUCCAGGCACAUUUUUCUGCGGUGUUUCCGGAAACAGAUGACAUAAUUUUGCCGUCCAUGAACAAGCUGUCAGAAAUGAAAACCUUUUCAAACACAUUGAAUAAAAUUUUCGAAAAAGGGAUACCUCCGAUUUGGAAAAAUUUCACAGCAAUAAAUGGAAGCCUUUGCAGACUUCCAAGGUAUGUUUUCAGCAAGAAUGAUUGCAGCAUUAAAUCGGAUAUCAACAAGGGAUUAACACAAGGAAAUGAUCAAGAAAAUUACUCUGGUCGUAUGAUUCAAUCCACAAAGGGGCCAAACUGGAAAUUCAGUGUGUAUAUCUCAAAAUUGAAUACGCCUUUCGUAUACGAACAUAUUGUAGAUGACAGGAUCAUUCUGCCAGGCGCUUUAUACGGAGAGAUAGCACUUGAAAUCGGAAGAAAUAUAUGGAAUGGAAAUGUGGAAGAACUUGAAAUAUCAUGGCGAAUUCUGAAACCUUUGGAAAUAGGUAUGACAGAGGAGAGGUAUCUCCCUAUUGAUGUUGACUUCCCAUCUUCUUUGGAAGUUGAAUUCAAAGUACGAGAAAAAGAAGGGUCUAAGGUAUUGGCUGAAGGGACGGUGAAACAUGUGGAUCAAUCGAAGUCAGAAGUCGUAGAUGUUGCAAGCAUUGACGGGACACUUGGAAAGCAAAAAUCAAAUAACGAAAUCUACUCAUUCCUGAAUAGAUUAGGUUUCAAACAUGGUUCAACAUUCCGAAUAAUAUCGGGGAUUAAGUCAUCAACAAAUGACAAUCUUGCGGAAAUAAUUUUAACAAAAACCGUUCAGAUGGAAUUGCCAAGAGCUUGUUUCCAUCCCGUCAUCAUUGAUGGCAUGUUUCAGUCAUGCUUUAAUCCAGCACUGAAAUUCGAACUCGGAAAACAAUCUCGCAUUCUACCUACUGGGGUAAAGAAAUUCACAGUUAAACAAUCGCCGACAAAAAAGAUGACAUGCUUUUCAAGAUUGAUGUUACAUCAAAAUUCAAAAGUAAUAUGCAAUGCAUUACUUUUACGCGAAAAUGGGACGAUUGUAGCAGAGAUGCAAGGUUUCGAAAUGAAUAUAGUCUCUGGUGAAAAUGAAACCGAAAAGCACUUCCUUGAAGUGAAAUGGCAACUCAUUGAUAUCCCAAAAGGAGAGCGUUCUGCAAAUAGACCAAGUUUGAUAGUUUCAUGGGACGAACAAUGAUAGAAGCUAAAACAGUUCUUUACAGAAUAUCCACACACUUAGAAACAGUCAACUUAUCUUCCAAUCUCCAAAUGAAUAAUUUUCUUACAACAUUGCCUGAACGUAAAGGUGUAGAUUUAUAUUUCGUUCCUGGCUUCGUCACUGUUGAAAGUUCUGAAGAUGGAAACCAAGUGUUACAAUACGUGCAGAAGUCAGCACACCUUCUUUUGACAAUAUUACAGAAGAUCGACCUUGAUGCAGUGCGCUUAUACAUCAUUACAGAGUGGACACAAGGAGGAGAGGAUAGAGAGGUGUGUGGUGUCUUUGGAUCGGAACUAUGGGGUAUCGGUCGUUCGUUUCAGUUAGAACACUCUGACAUUAAACUUACAAUGAUAGAUCUUCAUGGAAACUGGCUAAACCUUCAAAAUUCAAUUGUAUCCACGAUUUGUUCUCUCGAAAACGGUACAGAAAAUAUUCUCUCUCGGGAAUUCAUUAUCUCAUUGAAAGGAGUAUCGAGAGCUAAAAUUCAACAUUUCCCAUCAACAUACUUUGUCGAUGAUGUGAAAACAGUUGACCCAUUAACAGAAAAACACUUUUCUGUUCGAACACGAUCCAUAUCAAACAAACCUUCUUUCUUUUUGGUUCCAAACCUAGAAAGUACGAACAACAACACCAAUGUUUGCAGCGUCUCCAUCGACAAAGUGUUGCUAUGUUUCAAGAAUUAUGGGUAUCCUUCCCCAAGUACAAUCCCAGUGACAAGGUACUGGAGUCACGGUUUCGACAUCGGACAUGACGCAAUGGCUUGUGAAUUUACCGGACAAUCUUUGAAAAAUGGGAAGGAAAUUGUUGGCUGUUCUCUCAUCAAUGUAGCGUCUUCGGUAGAAGUUUUCAAACUCUGUAUCUGUGAAUUGCAAGAUAUACCAUUUUACAGGAUGGGGAUGUUUUUUAACACUGUUGUUGCAAUGUCCUUUGCAGAGAAAAUCGAAAAAAAAGAAAUAUUGUUUACAUUUUACACGACAAAGAACAUGAGGAUGUAGCAGCAGUUUUGAAAGCACUACUUCAAAAGAAACACUGUUUAGUUAAAACAGAGGAAUUUCAUAUUUCGAAUGAUAGUCAAGAUCCUUCAGCCUCUGUUCUUAUCGUGUUGACAAAGCAAGUCACGUGCCCAUUUGAAUUGAUCAUUCGGUUGUUUCCAAAUCUUCAACAGUUACUUAGCAUCAAGGGCCUACUACCACUUUCUACAACUCUAAAUGAUCCAACAAACUACCCACACAUAGGAUCAUAUGUUGUAGAUAUAUUUGACAUAUUUGAGCAAACAAAAAUGCAAAAUCAGUUUAAGCGAGCAACACGCUUGAUACUCGAAAUAAAAGAUGUUGCUUCUAGAAUCCCUCAACACGUUUCAGAAGGUAUUUUGAAUGUGUCGAUCUUGAGAGAAUCCAUAAAAAUAGAAAUUCCAAGUAACAUGUUGAUAAGAAAAGACUCGGCAUAUAUUGUUAUUGGUGGCCUGACAGGUCUAGGAUGGGAAGUGACAAAAUUAUUGGCUGCUCGAGGGGCAAAGAUAGUAAUUAGCUUAUCUCGACGAUUUCCCUCUGAGGUAGAAAACCGACGAAUAGAAAACAUAAAACGUAUUCGAAGCACAUAUCUCUGGCAUAAGAAAGUUGAUAUGGCAAAGAAAGAAGAUUUAGAUUGCGUUUUCGCAAGACUUCUAAGAAAUCUUGGAAUCACAAAGAUCCGUGGGAUUUUUCACGGUGCCGGUGUUCUACGAGAUACACCUGUGAAGAGAUUGACAACCGAGAUGUUUGAUGUUCCGCUAAUUCCCAAGGUAUUGGGCACGUGGAAUCUUCAUCGAGUGACAGAGAAUGUGGAUUUGGAUUAUUUUGUUAUGCACUCCAGCAUAGUUUCUCUUUUGGGAAAUAGAGCUCAGUCUAAUUAUGCCGCAGGGAAUGCCUUUAUGGAUGCGUUUGCUCAUUAUAGACGCUCGAUUGGCAAAGCGGCACAGGUGAUCAACUGGGGAUUGUUGUCUGUCGGAAUGGGAGCGGAUCAAAAUAUUCAGGCUAUAAAUGCAAUGAACGGAUUUUAUGCAUUGUCAAAGCAUGAUAUUGGUAAUGCAAUGAACUGUGCAUUGAUCACAAAUAAGGUGCAAUUUGCGGUUGCAGACUUGAACACGUCUUUAUUAGGAAGAAAAUUUGAAAAACAUCUUGAGUCAAGUCAUAUUCAAUUGCAUGACGGACAUGCAGAUUUAGUCAAUGCGCUUCCAGAACACAUGGAGAACAAAGAUCAGUCACUUCAGUCAUGGGUUGACUUUGUGAAGUUGUGUGCCGCAUCGAUUUUAUCAGUUGACCAAUCGGAAAUCAAAGAUACAUCAAUCCUCCUUGACUUUGGAUUGGAUUCCCAGAAAGCAAUAGAGCUUAUCAAUUACCUGUUUCAAUCCAGUCAAAUACGCCUAGCUGUAGUUUAUCUCAUGACGGGAAAAAACACCGUUACCGACAUCGCUGGUUACUUCCUUUCCAAAUUAACAAAGGAGGAUGCAACAUGCGAUGAUGAUUUUAUUUCUGAAAGUCCGUCAAGUUUAGAGCUACAUUAUUUUGAUUUGUAUGAGAGCGAUUCAAAUAAUCCGCAUUUCACAAUUACAUUAGACUUCACUGCUUCUUGGGAGCUGAAUAGUGCAGAAAAAUGGAAGACAUCCCUCUUGAAUUUGAUUUUAAUCAAUCCAGAACUUCGAACAAUAUUUCAAAAAACGGAACCGGGACAAAAGCGUGCUGAUAAAAGAAAAUUAGUACUUGACAUUGAGGAUGUCUGUUUCGAUUUCUUCAAAGUUUCGUCAAAUGAUGAACUACAAAAAGUGUUCAAGGAAGUAUCAAAGUUUGAUCCUCAUGUUGACAUUCCCAUAAAGGUUAUGUUUUGGAACUCACCUACUUGUGGAGCUUUAAGGUUGAUAUUGAAUCACUGCUGUAUAGACAAUGGAAGUGUUUAAACCAUUGUUAAAGAUCUUGGGUACAUCAUGAAAUAUUAUAUCAUUCAUCGAUGUUUUCCAGAGGUGACUGCCCGAGAGUCGUUGGAUUCAGCGUUGCUAAUAGAAAAACACAUGAGAGGAGAAGUGGACGAACUUAAAUCUUUCUGGAAUACAGAACUUUCAAAAUGUAAGAAAUCACAAAGUUUUGAAGUCCUUGAAACAUCAAAAGAGACAUUUAACAGCACAGGUGGAGUGCUAAUGCAGUGGUAGAGUGACGAACAUAAGUUAGGCAACGUCACAACGAAGCAUUGGAGUGGUGAUCAUAACACAAGCAAAGUAAUCACCAAGCAUUGGAGCGGUGAUUACAUCACAAACGAAAUCAUGACAAAGCACUCGAACGGCGAACAGAACACAAGUGACGUCAACACGAAGCAGUGGAACGGCAAUCACGAGUCCAACAACGCCAUCACAAAGCAGUGGAACGGCGAACAGAAGACAAGCGAUGUCAACACGAAGCAUUGGAAAGGCAAUCACGAGUCAAGCAACGCCAUUGCAAAGCAGUGGAACGGCGAACAGAAGACAAGCGACAUCAACAUGAAGCAUUGGGACAGUGAUCAUAAUACAAAAGAUGUCAACAUCAAUCACUGGAGCGGCAACCAAAAGUCAAGUGACGUCACCACAAAGAUUUGGAGCGCCGAUCAAUUUCAAAACCUGGAAGAUACCUCGAAAAAAGGCAAUUUCUCUCUAUUUUCUUUGUUUUGCACCGCUUUCCAAUUGACUCUUUCUAAACAAUUACAGUGUCAAAGAAUAUGCGUUAUUAGCGCAAUCGAUAUGAGGCUACAUUUUCCGGAAUUUGGCGAUAGAAUAGCUUUGUGUGUUAAUUACGUUCCCAUGGUUUCACCAGAUUUAACAAACCCAGAAUCAACCUUGCACACAGUUCUGACAGAAAACAAAAUAAUUAUCGUUGACGGAAUUUCAAAAAGUCUUUUCCCAUUCAAACACAAAAAGGAAUUGCCAACUUUCAGAAAUGAUAUUCACAUGACUCAUUCUAUAAUAAUGGAAGACUUGACACUUUGGAAGGAUUUCAAAUCGUCACAUAUCCGUCUAUCAAACUUUGGUGUGGAACAGGACUCGACGUAUGAAACAUGUCUUAGUGUUAUAAUUCACCCCCACAAAGUCUCUGGAGCUUCGAUUAAGGUACUCAGUCGAGAAAGUUGGAAUAUAAAAUGCAGAAAAUAUCCUUGAAAACAUUGAGGAGCUCCUUCUAAAUACUGUAUCCAAUCCUGACAUGAAACUUCACACUUGGCAGCCAUCUUGCAAACAGGAAAAGGCAAUAGAAGGUUUUCCACAUGUUUACUUUUUUCUGUGCAAAAAGAAAGGAAAACCCAAGAAAACGAAAGUUCUUAUAAAACACCAUCCUGUAUUUGCAUUGGAAUGGGGAUCGAAGCAGAAAACACGUGUAGCUGCGUCAGAUAUAAAACUAAUCACUUGUGUUCAGCUCUCAGAGAACCAUUCAGAGGAUUUACAUGGUAUUCAUAUAAAAACAUCCUAUUCUGAAGUUCGCUUGUUCACAAAGAAUCGAAGACACCGUGACGCCUGGAUCUCUGUUCUGAAAAGGAAACGGACAAAAUAUUUUGAGGAACAUUUUGAGAGUACCGAAUUGUGAACUAAGAACGUUUUGAGAGUACCCACUUGUGAACUAAGAGCGUUUUGAGAGUACCGACUUGUAAACUAAGAACGUUUUGAGAGUAUGGACUUGUAAACUAAGAACGUUUUGAGAAUACUCAUUUGUGAACUAAGAACAAAACGAAAUUGUCAAUAAUGUGUAACAUUUAGAAAAACAGUCAGACAUUGAUGCUUUUUCCACAUCUCUUUCAACAUUAUUCUGAACUAACAGACAGCUGCUGUUGAGGAAUGGUAUUUUAUUUUGUACAGAUUGUUUUUAAUGCAAGUAUGCGUGUAUUACUUUAUCUGCAUAUCAUUGUUGACGUACAUGUAUAUCAGUACAAAUUAUGAGGGAGUGAUUGAACACAGAUGAGCGGCAUGUCAAUGGAAUACAUUCUUAUCGGGAAUAAGCAAAAUUUGAACAGGUGGUUCCGGAAUGAUAUAUAUAACUUUUAUUGCCUCUUUUAUUAAUCACGGUGGUCGGCCCCGUUGUAAACUCUUGUUGAAUAUUGAAUUCCCCUUAAGGUAAUCAAACUGCAGAGCCUCCAAGACAAAUAUCAACGACUGAAUAAACUGAUUAAACGCUAGUGAGGUGACGUGAUAUAUUUUCUGCUAUUCCUAGUCAAAAUGUCUGAAUAUGUGUGUUUCAUCCCCAUUAAUCCUCGUCAGCAUAGCUCAAUACAUUGAUUCAUCUCAUCUUAGAGGGCAACACCCUGUCCAAAAUAUCAAGAAUGAUUCUAAACAAUAGUAGGAACGAUAAUCAAAAGAUAAUUAGAAAUAGAAAUGAUGUCUAUUAAUUAAUAAUAUUACAGCAGGUGUGCCACAAUAAAGAUCUUCCCCUGCUCAAUGGCCAUACACGCCGAGCAUAGGCCUAAAUUUUGCAGACCUUCACCGGCAAUGGUGAUGUCUCAAUGUGAAAAAUUGUUGAGAGGAACGUUAAACAAUAUACAAUCAAUCAAUCAACGAUCAACUCUACAGUAAGGAAACUUGCAAAGAUACCCGAAAAAGAGAAGGGCAAACUAUAUAUAUAUAUAUAUAUAUAUAUAUAUAUAUAUAUAUAUAAAUAUAUAUAUAUAUAUAUAUAUAAAAAGCACUAAAUAAUCACAACUAGGUACUGAAAAUUUUCACCCCAGCCCGGGGUCGAACCAGCGACCUACGGCACCCACCGCCUAGCAAGACUGUCAAACCAGUGCGUAAGUCCACUCGGCCACAACGACUUCCCUAUAUAUAUAUAUAUAUAUAUAUAUAUAUAUAUAUAGUUAUAGUUAUUCAGAGAUAGAUUAGAUACUGAAAUAAGGUGUACUUUUUAUUGAUUAUGUCAGCUUAAACAUUGUGUUAUAUGUUGUAACACCAUCAUACAUAGUGAGAGGGAGUACAAGCCAAUACUUAAUUUAACUGUUUAAUCGCGAGAUUAUAUUGACUGUUAACAGUUUUGAUUUAACGAGAUAUAUAUAAAUCUUUUGAAAUAUCUAUAGUGUUAUUUCGAUGCGAAACAACGAGCAGGAUGUGGAAACAUGAUAUACUUGAAAUAUUUACCAGUAUGUGCAAGAUAUGCGUAUUGUAUGACGGAUAUAUUUACAGUUACAUCAAAUACAGUCAAAGGCAGAUCGUUUGAUUAGGUCAUGUGAUGAAAAAUGAUAUUAUUGUAUAUAUUAUUUCAUUUAAUGUUUAUGUUUUAUAAUUUGUAAUGCAUGUAUAUACUAAACAAUUGUACAGUAAAGGGCUUCACUGAA